GGCUCACACCAUCGCGCACACCCGCACGCGGGCGGCCACGCUCCGCACGGGAGCCGAGGCGAGUGCGAAGCCCCACGUGGCGGACAGACCACUCCACCUCGUCACGCUCCUCUCACCGACGAAGCCGAUCGAUCAGUUCACAGAAGCUGGAACCGGGUUCCCCCAUGGCGCAGCUCCCCUGCCUCUACGCCGCGCGCCCGUUGCUCGCCGUGGCCGCUGGGCGCCGGCCGUGUCGGUGGCACGGCCCGCGCGGCGGCGUACGGCGGCGGCCCAACGCGGGAAGCGGGGUCGUGGGGGUCCGCGCCGCGGCGGUGGAGGCGGUGGUCGAAGAGGAGGGGGACGCGGAGGAGAAGGUGGAGAGGUACGCGCUGGGCGGCACGUGCAAGGUGCUCGCGGGAAUGCCCGCGCCGCUGGGCGCCACCGCGCUCGCCGGCGGGGUCAACUUCGCCGUCUACUCCGGCGGGGCUUCCGCCGCGGCGUUGUGCCUGUUCACGCCCGACGAUAUCAAGGCGAAUAGGGUCACUGAGGAGGUUCCCCUUGAUCCCCUGCUCAACCGGACGGGGAAUGUGUGGCAUGUGUUUAUCCAAGGGGAGCAGCUGCACACCAUGCUCUAUGGCUACAGGUUUGAUGGCGUGUUCGCCCCUGAGCGCGGUCUGUACUACGAUGUGUCCAAUGUUGUGGUGGAUCCUUAUGCUAAGGCAGUUAUAAGCCGAGGUGAGUACGGUGUUCCGGCACCUGGAGGCGAUUGCUGGCCUCAAAUGGCUGGCAUGGUCCCUCUUCCAUAUACUACGUUUGAUUGGCAAGGUGAUCUACCCCUAAGAUAUCAUCAGAAGGACCUUGUAAUAUAUGAAAUGCACUUGCGUGGAUUCACAAAGCAUGAUUCAAGCAACAUAGAACAUCCAGGAACUUACAUUGGUGCUGUAUCAAAGCUUAACUAUCUGAAGGACCUUGGAGUGAAUUGUGUAGAGUUAAUUCCCUGCCAUGAGUUCAACGAGCUGGAGUACUUCAGUUCCCCUUCCAAGAUGAACUUCUGGGGAUAUUCUACGAUAAACUUUUUCUCACCAUUGACAAGGUAUUCGUCAGGUGGCGUAAGCAACUAUGGGCAUGAUGCCAUAAAUGAAUUUAAAACUUUUGUAAGAGAGGCUCAUAAACGGGGAAUUGAGGUGAUCAUGGAUGUUGUCUUCAAUCAUACAGCUGAGGGUAACGAGAAGGGUCCGAUAUUAUCAUUUAGGGGUAUAGAUAAUAGUACGUACUACAUGCUUGCACCUAAGGGAGAGUUUUAUAAUUAUUCUGGUUGUGGAAAUACCUUCAAUUGUAAUCAUCCGGUAGUCCGUGAAUUUAUUGUAGAUUGCUUGAGAUACUGGGUAACAGAAAUGCAUGUUGAUGGUUUUCGUUUUGACCUUGCAUCUAUAAUGACCAGAGGAUGCGGUCUAUGGGAUCCAGUUAAUGUGUAUGGAAGUCCAAUAGAAGGUGACAUGAUUACAACAGGGACUCCUCUUGUUGCCCCACCACUAGUUGACAUGAUUAGCAACGACCCGAUUCUUGGAGGUGUCAAGCUCAUUGCUGAAGCAUGGGAUGCAGGAGGCCUCUAUCAAGUAGGCCAUUUUCCUCACUGGAACAUUUGGUCAGAGUGGAACGGGAAGUAUCGUGAUACUGUGCGUCAGUUCAUCAAAGGCACAGAUGGAUUUGCUGGUGCUUUUGCUGAAUGUCUAUGUGGAAGUCCACAGUUAUACCAGGCAGGGGGGAGGAAGCCUUGGCACAGUGUUAACUUUGUAUGUGCACAUGAUGGAUUUACACUGGCUGAUUUGGUGACAUACAAUAACAAGUACAACUUGUCUAAUGGUGAGGACAACAGAGAUGGGGAAAAUCAUAAUUUUAGCUGGAAUUGUGGGGAGGAAGGAGAAUUCGCAAGCCUGUCAGUCAGAAGAUUGAGGAAGAGGCAAAUGCGCAAUUUCUUUGUUUGUCUUAUGGUUUCUCAAGGAGUUCCAAUGUUCUACAUGGGCGAUGAAUAUGGCCAUACAAAGGAAGGGAACAACAAUACAUACUGCCAUGACCACUAUGUCAAUUAUUUCCGUUGGGAUAAAAAGGAAGAACAAUCCUCCGACUUGUACAGAUUUUGCCGCCUCAUGACCAAAUUCCGAAGAGAAUGUGAGUCUCUUGGCCUUGAGGACUUCCCAACAGCAGAACGGUUGCAAUGGCACGGUCAUCAGCCUGGGAAGCCUGACUGGUCGGAGGCAAGCCGAUUCGUUGCCUGCUCCAUGAAGGAUGAAACAAAAUGCGAGAUCUAUGUGGCCUUCAACACCAGUCACCUGCCAGUGGUUGUUGGACUUCCAGAGCGCCCAGGGUACCGAUGGGAGCUGGUGGUGGACACAGGCAAGCAAGCACCAUAUGACUUCCUCACCGAUGACCUACCAGAUCACGCUCUAACCAUCCACCAGUUCUCUCAUUUCCUCAACUCCAACCUCUACCCUAUGCUCAGCUACUCUUCCAUCAUCCUUGUACUGCGCCCUGAUGUUUGAAAGAACAAAGUACAAUAUAGAAUAUAGAAUAUAGCUCUCUAGCAUAUCAUGCAAGGCGUUUGUUU